AUGGGAGACGUGGGAGACUAUGACUAUUUCAACCCUGGAGGGGGUGCUGUCUUACCUCCACCACCACCACCUCCUCCUCCUGCUGCUCCUUUUGGGUACCCUCCUCCUGAUUUCCCUCCGCCAUUUCCAGCGCCCGCUCCGGAACUACCCCCGCCACCACCACCACUUCCCUAUGGUGGAAGUUUUGAUUCGCCGCAACCGCCCGUAGAUGGCAAUGGCCAUCGUCCAAACAUGGGCUCUUUUGAAAGCAAAGGCAACAAAAAAACCAAGACACGUGGAAGAACUAGUACUACAACUACAAGUGGUCAUAGUAAAAGGAAAGUAGUGAAGAAAACUUUCAAGAUUGCUUUUUUCAUUAUUUUGGUGUUAUGGCUUUUGUGUGCUGGUUGGACGUUCACUUUGUUGGGUGGCUUUGCCGGAUGGUUUGACAUAGAGAAGACUUUCAGAAAUUCCUUCCUCGAUAAAUUGUUGCCACAAUGGUGGCAGUAG